AACGCAUAGAUUAACAUAUUAGAGUAUUACUCUAUGGGUCAACGUCACCUUACCGCCUGUAAUUAGAGGUGGUCAUUUCAACUCGGCUUAAUGAUUUCAAUUCACUUAACUCGGUUAGAAAAUCUAUUGUAUGGUUUAAUCCAAUGAUUUAAUUAAGGGAGUUAACUCCUAAUUCAAUGAGUUCUUAUCAACCAUAUGUUUCAUUUUGGAUAAUGAAUAGCCAAUACUACAUAAUUAUACAUAAUAGCUGGUAACGGCUUUAGAUAAUAUCGGUGGUUAAUGAAUGGUGAUAAGUUGAAAUAUUGAUAGUUCAACGUCUUGAUGGCCGUUGCCGUUUCACUUAGUUUUUGAAAUAAAAGACAUUCCACCUGCAAUCUACUUUCAAGACAACCAAAUCUCAAAAACUCAAAACAUAUAUUUAGAUUUUAAGAAAAAUGUCACAUGGAAUUCUCUACUACUGAAUAUUACAUUAUUUUGUGUAUUUUAAUUAUUCCGGUAUAUUAUUUUUUUCAACUUUGGGCAUGGCUUGGAUGGGAAUUGUUUAAGAAUAACUAAAAAUCAAUAAUAAAAAAAUAAGUAUCCAGUCACAAUUAUGUCUACUCUAAUGAGUUCAAGAAAUCUUAAUAUUUUAAAUAAAGACAGAAAUAUUCCAAACAUAUUUACAUCUCAAUUUAAUCAACAGGAUGGUGUUUUGUAUCCAUUAAAUAUAUUAGAAAGAGAAAAAAACAUUCCCAAUGUUUUCAAUUUUCAAAGGUUUGAUGAUAAAGUUUCUACACAUUCAUGCAUUUAUACAGACAAUGAAUAUCCAGAUUUAUUUACAUUGAACAAAUCAUAUUCAAAACAAUAUAUUCUUAAAAAUGAUUUGUGGGAAAAAUAUAGCAAUUACACAAGUGUAUUUAGCCUAUCAGAUAUACAACAUAUUGAUUGUAUACAGAAUUUAGAGAUUAAUAAUAGUGACAAUGUGAAACAAGAAAAAAAUAAUUCAAUUUCAAAUGAUAAAUUGUUACAGGAAUUAUCGUCAGAGAAGGAAAAUUGUAUUAGAAUUGAUAAUACAGAAGUAAAUAAAUCAAAUACAUCUGAAAAAUCUUCUAUUUCAAAAGAAAACACUGAAGAAAAUAUAAGUUCAGCUUAUUGUUUUUGGUGUAUUGUCACAGCGACAAAUGUACGUGAUCAUAACAUUAAAACAUAUUUUCCCCAAAGAGAAAUAAACAGUGGAUGUAUUAUGAAAGAUAUUAAACUAAUGCUGAUUAAUAUGGGUACAACUUAUUUUUUUGUGGAUGAAGAAACACAUAUGUAUAAGCGAAAUGGGAAUAUCAGUAUUAAUGGACUAACACCUGAAAUGUUUGAAUCUGCCACAGAUCCUAUUUUAGAGUGUUCUAAUUUAUAUAAAAUAAUAUGCAAUACUGUAACGAAAUGGAAAGAAAAAAGUGAUGAUAGUAUAGUUAAAGCCUUUAUAUUUGCUAUGUCUAAUAUAAUGAAUGAUUAUGAACAAACAAUAUAUGCUGUUUCAAAUGAGUCAAUGUUGUCACUUGUGGGUCGAGUGUCUAAUAUAAUUCCUCGAUUACAGUUGUUAGCAAAUAUUUGUGGCAUGAAUAACCCUAAUUGUAUUUACAUCCAAGAUCAUGAACCUUCUGGUGUACAUUUGUUAAACAAAAUUCAUAAUUAUUUGUUUGAAUAUCGAUUUUCCUGUGAUCUAUUCCUAAGGAUGUUAUUAUAUAUUUUUCAAUCGUGCUGUUUUGCUUAUUUAAGAAUUUUAUCGAAUUGGGCAUUAAAAGGUGUUUUAAAUAAUGAUGAAUCUUGCAUAUUCAUAAAAUUAAAACCAGAUAUUGUAGAUGAAGAUAAUAACUGUCGGCAAAAUUGGGAUCGUUUUAUUAUAGAUGAAAGUAUUGAAGUUCCAAUGUUUUUAGACAAAUACAAAAAAAAUAUUUUACAAUGUGGUAAAACCAUAAAUUUCUUUAAUAAAUUCAAUGAUGUGAAUGUAUUUUUACCUGAUUUAACUUGUUGUUUUGAUGCUAUUGAUACACAAAACAUCUACGAACAAUUUUCUAUGUUUUUUAAAUAUGACUCUGAUUUCCAAACAUCUAGCUCUGUUAAAAGAAUGUCCAAUAGUUACCUUUUUGAAACUGCUGAUAAACUUGUUAAUCCGAAAAGAAAUUCUGAUAUUGAUGAUAUUCAAAAUGAUAAUAUAACUAAUGUUAAAGAAACUAUGAAACUAAUGUACUCUGAUAAUGAAAACUAUGAAUUGUUUCAAAUACCUGAUUGGACUUCAAUUAAUAAUUCAUAUGAAUUUGAUAAGCCAUACGGAUUUUUUUUAGAUUUGAAUGAUUCAUUAACUUAUAAUGACAAACCUUUUGAUGUUAUUAACAUGAUAGACUAUGUACCACAUUCAAUUCUGAUACCAGCUCGCAUUCAGAAAAGUGUCUGUGAUAAACAAAUAUUAGACAUGUAUUUUGUACAAGAAAAUCUAAUGGGACAUUUAUAUUUUUUAUCUCAGUGCUUUUUUUUAAUGAAUUGCCAAUUUACUUCUAAACUGAGAGAGACAUUGUUUAAUGAUAUAGCUACUAAUAGACAGAACCCUGUAAACAUUUUCAAUUCAAUUAAAUUAAAGUCUAUUGUGGAUGAAGCUAUUCAAGAUAGUUUUUCAGAAAAUUGGCAACAUGGUUUAACAUUGGAAAAUACAUUUAUUCCUCGGUUGAAUGGAGUUAUUGAAAUUUCAGACAUAGAAUGUCUGGAUUUAAAAUAUUCACCAGAAUGGCCAAUGAAUAUGAUUCUACCUAACAAAGUAUUAUUGAAGUACAAACGGAUAUUUUUGUUUGCUAAUAAAUUAGAAUAUGUUUCAUGGAGUUUAUUUAAAGCCAGAGAAUUAUUGAAUGUAUUUAAAAAUGAUACAGGUUUACAAUUUCGUAAAAUUAAUCUUUUCAAACAUUGGAUGAAUCAAUUUGUAUCAUCAAUUCAACAGUACUACAAACAAAUAGUAAUUAGCACAUGUUGGACUGAAUUAAAUGAGAGCUUUGAAAAAGCCCAAAAUUAUGAUGAUUUAUAUUCGAGUCAUAAACAGUACAUGCAUCUUAUGUUAAAGCGGUGUUUAAUGGUUGUUGGUUGUAAAGAUAAACUUAUUUUGCUGAAUAAGAUAUACAUAGAAAUAUUAGUCUAUUACCAAGCCUUAGCAAGUGGUCAAUUUUACAUUGAAAAUUCAGAACGGUUACACUCCGAGUUCUUCAAUAUGGAACAGUCUUUUUUUCGGUUUGUAAAACUAAGAGAGACGUUUUACAAUAAUAUAUUGAAAACUGUGCAUCAACAAACUCAAGAAAAACAUUCGGUAGUACAAUUGGAAAGCUUAAUUACAAUACUUGGACCACUAAAUAGUAUAAGUUGAAGUUUAUUAUUUUUUAGCAGUAUUAUAAAUUAUGAUUCAAUCUUAAACUUUUAUUGAUUUAUGGUACAUUUAUGUCCUUUUUUUUUAAUGAUUAAUAAAAUAAAAAAAAGAUCUAUUUUAUUA